CUUAUUCCUCAGGAGAAACACAAAGCAACUUCAAGUGUUCUUCCUCUCUUCUUCUAGCUAGUUUACUCUCUCUCCUCUUCCUUCCUUCCUUCUUUCUUGAGUCCUCAUAAUUUUCUUUUCCAAGAAAGUGAAAGAAAAAUGGAGGGGAAAGGAUGUUUGGGAAGUUUUCUUCAGAGAGCCAAGCCAUACAUAGCCAUGAUCUCUCUCCAGUUCGGCUAUGCCGGAAUGAACAUCAUCACCAAAGUUUCCCUCAAUCGGGGAAUGAGUCAUUACGUGCUCGUUGUCUAUCGGCAUGCCUUUGCUACUGCUGUCAUCGCUCCUUUCGCUCUCGUUCUUGAGAGGAAAGUGAGGCCGAAGAUUACAUUUCCCAUUUUUAUGCAAAUUUUUGUGCUGGGCCUUCUUGGACCUGUUAUUGAUCAAAAUUUCUACUAUGCUGGACUGAAAUUCACCUCGCCAACCUUCUCAUGUGCCAUGAGCAACAUGCUUCCCGCGAUGACAUUUGUCAUGGCUGUCAUAUGCAGGAUGGAGAAGGUGGAUAUAAAGAAGGUAAGAUGCCAAGCAAAGGUGGUGGGAACAAUAGUGACAGUGGGAGGGGCAAUGUUGAUGACAUUAUACAAAGGUCAUGUCAUUGAUUUGGUGUGGUCAAAGCAUAUGCAUUCUGGUACUACUUCAUCCUCUGUCCCUCAAGCCUCUGGUCCUUCUGACAAGGACUGGGUUACGGGUUCCAUUCUCCUUAUCAUUGCUACCCUUGCCUGGGCUGCUUUCUUCAUCCUUCAGGCAAUUACACUGAAAAAGUACUCAGCCCAUCUCUCUCUGACAACCCUUGUGUGCUUCAUGGGUACUUUACAAUCCAUUGCUGUCACCUUUGUAAUGGAGCACAGACCUUCUGUUUGGACCAUUGGUUGGGACAUGAACCUCCUAGCUGCUGCCUAUGCUGGUAUAGUGUCAUCAAGCAUUGCAUACUAUGUGCAAGGUCUAGUCAUGAAGAAAAGAGGGCCAGUGUUCGUGACUUCCUUCAGUCCUUUGAUGAUGAUUAUUGUGGCAAUCAUGGGCUCUUUCAUCCUUGCAGAAAAGAUCUAUGUGGGAGGUGUUCUCGGCGCUGUGCUAAUUGUGAUCGGACUUUACUCGGUUCAAUGGGGCAAAUACAAGGAGUACAAGGAGAUGGAAGCCGAGGCAAUCCUUGAACCAGUAAAGGGCAGUGGAGGAAAUAACCAGAUGACGAUUGACGACAUUGAAGCAAAUGUUGUUGAAAUUCAGAUAAGUCAAGUGAACAAGAAUGUUAUGCCGGCGUUGGCCAUUGGUACUCCAAUUCCACAACCUCCCAUGAUAGCUAUGGAAGCCCCAAAGGCCUAAUAACUCAGUUGAAAGAAUGGACAAAAACACAAAGGAAGAGGGAGAACUGAUGAGGGUGCAAAGUGCAAUGGAAGGCAGAGAUGAGGGGCCUUUUUGUACUUUCAGUCUCUAUGUUUUCUUUUUUCUUUUUUUUUUUCUUUUUUUUCGUUUUGAAUUUUUUGUUUUGAGAUAUAAUAUGAUGGGACUUGUUGUCUAUCAAGUAAUCUAAUAUUCUGAUGGAAAAUUUGAUGAUAAAUGAAAAUGAGAAGAUUAUUAUUGCAUAUGUUUUUUA